CAUCAUAUCACCAUAUUCGCACAUGUUGACAAAUACGGUAUAGAGUCGCCAUUCAAGUAUGUUAUUGAAGACCAGGUUUAGUCGCCGAUAUAAAGGGCUUGAUAGAUAGAUGCUGUACUCCUAUUCCUGAAAUCAUGCAUACCAAAUUUUAUAUCUCUUUGCCUGGUUGGUAUCUUGCAGCUCUUACACGAUGGUCGACAUACCGAAAACCAUGAAGGCGUGGGUCGUCACUCGAGCCGGGAAACCUCAAGAUAUCCUUGCGUUGAAGACUAACUGGCCGACUCCGACGCCACCCAAAACCGGAGAAAUCAUGGUCAGAGUCUCGUACGCAGCACUCAAUCCCGGCGAGAUCAAAGUAAUGGCCAUGGCAGUUCCAUGCAAAGCAAAUACCAUCGCCGGCAUGGACUUCGUCGGGGAAGUCGUUCAAGUUGGACCGACCACCCCUAAAUCGCCCUCGGAUGUGCGCGUCGGCAUGAUCGUCGGUGGCACGGUGCCAAUGAUGAAUAUGUGGCGUGGUGCCGGCGCAUUAUCUGACUAUCUGGUGGUUCCUGCGCAUGCAGUCGUCGAGAAGCCCAAGGAUCUCGACGAAUCCGUCGCGGCUGGGCUCUUGGGAAUUGCCGGACAAACGAACGCUGUGAUGAUGCGAGCCGCCAAUUUGCACGAAGGCGACAAGGUUUUAAUAAAUGGUGCCAGCGGUGGCGUGGGCUGUAUUUCAAUCCAAGUACUCCGUGGGAUGGGCGUGCACGUCACAGCUAUCUGCUCGGCGAAGAAUGAGGCAUUCGUUCGGAGGCUAGGUGCUGAAGAGGUUAUAGACUAUAACGCUCACAAGUCCCUCCCAGAGUACCUCACUUCUGUGUGUGCGGAACCAGGAAACAGGCCUUUCGACGCCAUCAUCAACAGCAUAAACAAUGAACCGCUAUAUACCCAUUCUCCUAAAUAUCUUAAACCCGACGGAAAAUACCUGGACAUCGAGGCAGGCCCUUUUGCACUUUUCAAGCUCAGCACCUGGUGGCCCGUCAUGCUCGGAGGAACACCACGCGCACGCAUAAAUAUUUUUAGCUACCCAAGCGGCAAUUCAGCUAAGGAUGCUGCGGCAUGGAUUGAGAAGGGGUGGAUUAAGGAGGUUCCUGUCGAUUCCACCUUCGAAAUGGACGACGCCCUACAGGCUUACGAAAGGAUGGCAUCAAGCAGGGCUGCUGGGAAGAUAUUCGUGAAGGUAAGAUAAGGAAUCGUAGCGCUGUUUAGUUUGGUUAUUCGGAUGAUUUUUAUAUAUUGAGUCGAAAUAAUGCCAAUUAAGCACUUGGUGGCCCCUAUUAGAACGAGGCGGACUCUGUCUGGUUCUAGUAAAAGGGGGAAAGACCAACUCGGGAAAUACCCCCCUUAGAUCAAGCAAUAAGAUGAUAUGCACCGAUUUCAAGGAGGGUUUCACAGAGAUAUACACAGAUACCUUACUCUAUUAUAGACCUACAUUAACACGUAUGAGAUGAUGUGAAUCUAAAACCCUG